ACUGUUACCUUUUUUUCUACUUAAACAACGCGAAGAGCGGAAUUCAGCGUUUGUCUGGGUUGUUCUUUCGUGGUUCUGUACCGAGCGGGCCGCGGAGCUGCACCCGUGGGAUCACGGCAGCAGUGCCAUCAUGAUCCUGCGACAGAUCUUGCGGCUUUCCUCCCUUUUCCACUCUGCUGUGUCCAUUCACUUGCGCAGGAACAUUGGGCUCUCUGCGAUUGUCUUCAACAAGACAAAAGAACUCGACCCGGUUCAGAAGCUCUUCUUAGACAAGAUCAGAGAGUACAACACGAAGAGCAAGCAAGCUGGAGGGCCUGUUGAUGCAGGACCUGACUUUCAAAAAGAUAUGAAUGAAUCCCUUGCAAGACUUCAACGGGCGUAUGGUGAGGGAGAUCUCACCAAAUUUCCAGAAUUUAAGUUUGAGGAGCCCAAGUUUGAGGAGACUCCAAAGUGAUCUCUGCAGCUUGUACACCGAACAGCAGUGUACAGCCAUGGAGUUGCUGAACAUGGCACCAGUUGUAAUUUAAUAAAUGUAGUGCUUCAGUUUGAUUUCA